AUGCCGAAAAGGGAAAGGUGUGGGAAAGAAGGGGGGAGAGGAGAAAUGAGGAGAAGGAAGGGCGGGGGAACUGCGGCAGGCGGCCCGCCGCGAGAGGAGUCGGGAAGGGGAGCAAGGUCCGCAGGGGGUGGCGAAGGGCGAAGGGAGGGGGGGAAGGGAAGGGCCCCGGAGCGGCAGAACGCGGGAAGGGGAGGGAGGGACGGAGGAGAGAGAGGGGGAAUGCAGGGGGAGAGGAUGAAAGAGGCGGCGAAAGGAGGGAAGAGGUGGGAGCAGGGAAGGGCGAGGAGGCCGACGAGGAGGGAGGGGAGACGGGAAAGCACAAGCAAGGACAGGGCACGAGGAAGGGAAAGCGGAGCCGACGAGACAACCGACGAGGGAGGGUGGGCGGAAAGGAGGGCGCAAACCAAGGAGGCGAGGGGGGAACGCGGACGAAGAACCCACGAAAACCGGAAAAGGCAAAAGGCGAAGGAGGGACCGGGACGCCGCCAAACCAGGGACAGCGGCGAGCAAAGCAGAGGACGCCGGACAAGGGGAGGGAAGCAAGAACGACGGAGCCCAGGGGGCGAAGCAAAAGGGGGAAGAACACAGGCGCGCCAGACGGCAAGGGGCAGGAAGGACCCACAAGGAAAGGAGGGGACGCGGAAAGGCGCCGAGGCAGCCCACAACGAGAGGGGGAACCGACGGCGCGGGAAAAGAAAAAGGGCACGCAAGGACACCGGCAGCAGGAAAAAGAACACAAACAGGGCACAACAAGGCCGAACCGCGGGGAAGACAGGAAGGCGGACGAAGAAGGGCAGCCACGAAAGAGGAGAGGAAAGGCAAGAAGAAGAGAAAGGCAACCCAAAGGCCAGCGACGCCAAGAGACGGGGGGAAGAAGGGGGGAAGGGCGCCCGAAGAGAGGGCGGGGUGGACCCAACGCGGGCAAGACCGGGGGCGCAGGAAAGAAGGAAGGGGGAAGCACCACGGGAAAGGCCCGCAAGAAAGAAGAGAAGGAGGAAACCGGAGCCGGGGAAGCAAGGGCGAACAAGGAGCGGAAAGGCAAGCAAGCACCAACACCAAGGAAGGAGGAGCAGCAGCGCGGCGGCGCAGCGGGAGCAAAGCAGCGAACCAGAGGAGGCACGGGGAGCGAGAAACCGGAACCCAGCCGAGCCGAAGGCCGGGCCCGCCCGCGGAAAAGCGGCCCCGGCCGGAGGGCAAAACCCGGGCGACCCGGCAGACCCCAGGCGCAAGCCCAGGGGGAACGAGGCCAGACAAGGGGCAACCGCACAACCGAAGGGGCAACCGCGAAAACGGGAGCCGAAGGCCGGAAGGCACCGGGGCCGCAAGGGGGAAACCCACGCGCGGAGCCCGGGAAACCGAAGCGGGCCCAAAAACCCAACACACAGAGGCGGGCAAGGAGACAAGGGCCCCGGGGAAGACCGGCGCGAGAGGACCACGGGGCGGCGCGGACGCGGGAACCCGGCAAGGAGGGCCAAGCGGCGGGGACGAAGCGGCGCGGAAGGGGGGGAGAGGGGAACACCCCGGGGACGGCCGGCAAGCCCGGAGGAAGGAGGGAAGGAAGCCCGGGAAGAAGAAGGAAAGAGGAGGGAAGGAGGGGAGGGGGACCGGGAAGGAAGGAGGAAGGGCCACCAGGAACCGGGGACCCGGGCCCGAAGAAGAGCGGAAGCCGGGGAGGAAGAAAGGAAGGAGGCCGGGACGAGGCAGAGGAGGAGGAGGAGCCGCGGGAAGGAAGAGGGGCCACGAGGGACCAGGGACCCGGAGCCCGAAAACAAGCCCGAGCCCGAGAAGGAAGAGAAGGAGGAAACCAGACCAGGCAGGCCCGAACGAGGAGGCGGAAAGAGAGAAAGAGGGAACGGAGGAGGCACCGAGAAGCCCCACCACAAGAAGCGCGCACCACCCAAAGAGGGCCAAGAAGCCCCGGAGGAGAAAGCAAGAAAGCAAGAAAGCGGAAAGAAAGAGCCGGCAGAGCCAAGGAAGGAAGGAAGGCGAAGAGGGAACCCAGGGCGCAACAAAACCGAGGGGCAGAGCGAGGAGGCCCCCGGAGGGGGCCCCCAGAGGAGGGGGAGAGGGCGAGGAGAGGAGGAGGAGGAGGGAGGGAGGGAGGAGCCCAGGAGGGAGCGGGAGAAGCGGGAGAGGGGGAGAG